GCGGCGGACGCGGUCGCGGCAGUGGCAGUCGGUCGUGAAGGGAGAACGGCUGAGGAGGGAGCUGAGAGGAGUCCUGGCCAUGGCAGUGCAGGACCCCCGGCCCAACCACACCAUCUACAUCAACAACCUGAACGAGAAGAUCAAGAAGGAUGAGCUCAAGAAGUCCCUCUACGCCAUUUUCUCGCAGUUUGGGCAGAUUUUGGACAUUUUGGUGUCUCGCAGUCUCCGCAUGCGGGGCCAGGCCUUUGUCAUCUUCAAGGAGAUGAGCAGCGCCACCAACGCCCUGCGCUCCAUGCAGGGCUUCCCCUUCUACGACAAACCCAUGCGGAUCCAGUACGCCAAGACAGACUCGGACAUCAUCGCCAAGAUGAAGGGAACGUUCGUGGAGCGGGAGCGGGAUCGGGACCGGGAGCGCAAACGGGACAAGCGCAAAGCCAAGGGGGGAGAGGCCCCUGGCCCCAAAAAGAGCGGGGCCGGAGCGCAGGGGGCAACGCAGGGGGCAGUGCCCGGGAUGCCGCCACUGGCGCAGCCGCCCCGGAUGCUGCCGCACCUGGGGGGACAACCACCCUACAUCCCCCCCCCGGGCAUGAUUCCAGCCCCAGGAAUGGCCCCAAAUCCCGGAAUUCCCCCGGGAAUGGCCCCACAGCCUGGAAUGGCGCCAAUCCCUACCCCACAGCCCCUGUCGGAAAACCCCCCGAACCACAUCCUGUUCCUGACCAACCUCCCUGAGGAGACCAACGAGCUGAUGCUCUCCAUGCUCUUCAACCAGUUCCCAGGGUUCAAGGAGGUGCGCCUGGUGCCCGGGCGCCACGACAUCGCCUUCGUGGAGUUCGACACAGAGGUGCAGGCGGGCGCUGCCCGUGAGGCCCUGCAGGGCUUCAAGAUCACCCAGAGCAACGCCAUGAAGAUCUCUUUUGCCAAAAAGUGAUCCAAAACACCCCAAACCCCACCAAAAUACCCCUAACCCCCCCCCAAAAAGGGCCUGAAAUACCCCAAGAUCCAAAAAAGCGCCUCAAAACCUCCCCUAAAUACCCAAAACCUACCCCAAAACACCCCAAAAUCCCAUAGAAACACCUUAAAAUCCUUCCAAGCCACCCCAAAAUCCCAUAGAAACACCCUAAAAUCUCUCAAAACCACCCCAGGACACCCUAAAUCCCAUAAAACUGCUCCCAAAUCCCAGAAAAAUACUCCAAAAUCCCAGAAAACUGCCCCAGAAAAAGUUCUGGCCCUGCUUCAAACCCCACACACACCCCCACUCCCCCAGGUAAGUUCAGCUUGGCCCAAAUCUUCAUUUUUUUAACCCAAAUCCUCCUUUUUCCCACCUCAAAUUAUUUUUUUUUCCAGCCCAAAUCCUUUGUGGGUCCCCAAAUCCCUUUACCCAUCCCAAAAUCUCCGUUUUCCACCUCAAUUCCCCACCUCAAAUCCUGGUUUUUUUUACCUCAAAUCAGUUGUGCAUCCCAAAUCUCCUUUAUCUACCCCAGAUAACCCUUUUCCACCCCAAAUCCUUCUCUGCCCACCUGAAAUCCCCUUUUCCCACACAAAAUCUCCUUUUUUAACUUCAAAUGCUCUUUUCCCACCCCAAGUGCUUCCCAGCCCACCCUAAAUCCUCUUUUUCCACCAAAAAUCUUUCCCCAUCCUAAAUGCCUCAAUUCCCACC